GGGGCUGAGCACUUGAACUAUCUCUCUCACUGUAACAAACAAACCUUAAGGGGAACUCAAGCCUCCACUCACACACCAAGAUAAAAAAAUGCCUGCAGAUUACAAUGGACGCUGGGAGAUGGUGAGCAACGACAACUUCGAGGAGGUCAUGAAGGCUCUCGACAUUGACUUUGCCACCAGAAAGAUCGCAAACCACCUGCAUCAGACCAAGGUUAUCUCCCAGAACGGAGACAAGUUUGAGACGAAAACUCUGAGCACCUUCAGAAACUAUGAGGUCAACUUCAACAUAGGGGAGGAGUUUGAGGAGCAGACAAAGGCACUGGACAACCGAAAAGUCAUGACACUCGUCGUCUGGGAAGGAGACAAGCUGGUGUGUGUGCAGAAGGGGGAGAAAGCGAACCGCGGCUGGAAACAGUGGAUCGAGGGAGACAUGCUCCACCUGGAAAUCACUGUGCUCGACAAAGUCUGCCAUCAAGUAUUUAAGAAGUCCCAGUAAGACUGGAACCAACAUCACCUGCACAAAACUGUCUCUUGUGUACUGCUGUCUAUUUAUAACGUUUCUGUGAAGACCUGUAAUAAAAUGAUUUAACACCA